UUGUUUGGUGCUCUAAGGGGUCGUCUAGGUGACAGCAACAAAAAUUUAGUCAUGGCAACAUUGACAUGCAUUGGCAAUGUUGCAUGUGCAAUGGGUCCAGCUGUUGAGAAAGCAAGCAAGGGCAUUUUAGCGGAUGUUUUGAAAUGUUUGGGUGACAAUAAAAAGCAUAUGAGGGAAUGCACAUUGAAUACUUUAGAUUCUUGGCUCUCUGCUGUUCAUCUUGAUAAAAUGGUUCCUUACAUUGCAGCAGCUUGGACAGAUGCAAAACUUGGUGCGGAAGGGCGCAAAGAUCUUUUUGAGUGGUUGUCAAAACAACUAUCUGGGUUAACUGAAUUUCCUGAUGCUGUAUAGCUACUAAAGCCAGCUUCCUCUGCUCUGACGGAUAAAUCAUCAGAUGUUCGUAAAGCAGCAGAGACAUGCAUUGCUGAAAUCUUGAGAGUUUGUACACAAGAAACUGU